CAAUCUGUGACGCGUCUAUUAUUGGGACACUUCAGACAACCACUUCAAGUUGGACACAUUCCACAGUAUGUGACACAUCUAUCACUUUCAGCUUUCAAUCAACCACUUCAAGUUGGACACAUUCCACAGUCUGUGAAACAUCUAUCAUUUUCAGCUUUCAAUCAACCACUUCAAGUUGGACACAUUCCACAAUCAGUGACACAUCUAUUAUUGGCACACUUCAAUCAACCACUUCAAGUUGGACACAUUCCACAGUCUGUGACACUUCUAUCACUUUCAGAUUUCGAUCAACCACUUCAAGUUGGACACAUUCCACCGACUGUGAAACAUCUAUCAUUUUCAGUUUUCAAUCAACCACUUCAAGUUGGACAUAUUCCACAGUCUGUAACACAUCUAUCAAUGAAUUGUUAUGGACGAGAAGGCCCUGCUCUUCUUCAUGUAGGAGAUAUUCCACAGUCGGUUACAAGUUUAUCUUUGAGGGAUUACAGCCAGCCGCUUCAGAUUGGACACAUUCCUCAGUCUGUGACACACUUGUCAUUUCAAUGCUAUGAUCAUCCGCUUCAGAUUGGACACAUUCCUCAGUCUGUGACACACUUGUCAUUUCAAUGCUAUGAUCAACCACUUCAAGUUGGACAUAUUCCUCAGUCUGUGACACAACUAUCAUUGGAUUAUUUUAAUCAUCCGCUUCAGAUUGGACACAUUCCUCAGUCUGUGACACACUUGUUAUUUCAUUGCUAUGAUCAACCUCUUCAAGUUGGACAUAUUCCUCAGUCUGUAACACAGCUAUCAUUGGAAUGCUAUGAUCAACCGCUUCAGAUUGGACAUAUUCCUCAGUCUGUGACACAACUGUCGUUGGAUAGUCUCAGGCAACCACUUCAAAUUGGACACAUUCCACAAUCAGUGACACAUCUAUCAUUUUCAGCUUUCAAUCAACCACUUCAAGUUGGACACAUUCCACAGUCUGUGAUACAUAUAGCGUUUGGUGAUAGCUUCAAUCAAACUCUCACACCUGGGCAUAUUCCAUCAGCUUCCUCACUGUCCAUUGCAUUUGCGCAAUUCAUAUCCUCUAAGAAUUGUUUGUUUGAACACAAAAAAAGGAAGAACAGUAUCAUACUCCCCACCAAAAUGAGCAGAAUUUCCCAUCUUAUCACACAAAUCAUUUCAAAAUACCCCCCAUACAAAACACUACACCAGAAUGAUGACGACGUUCUUUUCUAUCUUUUGCACGCACUCGAGCGUAUUCAAACAAUAACCGUGCAAUUUCACACCUACCAACAAUCUGAUUUUCAUGAAGACAGUAUCUGGAGGCGAAUUGACGACAAAGUAGCUCUGGUGGUUCAUGACAAAAAAGCAUCAUUUUGGACA